AUGUCCCCUCCAGAUAAACACUCUCUGUACUACAUUUACACCGCCCUCAGCAAAGAUCUCGAUCUGCCAGGGAUCUAUGAGUUCACAGGACUGGGUCUGCUCAAUGACCGGGAGAUCGACUACUACAACAGUAAGGACCAGGUUAAGGUUCCUAAGCAGGACUGGAUGAGGGAGAAGCUGCAGCCAGAUUACUGGGACAAAGGCACCCAGUCUCGCAAGAGCAAAGAGCAGUGGUUCAAGGUCAACGUGGAGAUCCUGAUGCAGCAAAUGAGACACAAUCAGACCGACCUUCACGUUCUUCAGUGGAGACAUGGCUGUGAGAUCGAUGACUCAAAUGGACAACCAACAUUUCUGAAAGGCGUCAGUGAGUACGGGUAUGACGGCUCAGAUUUCCUCUCCUUUGAUGAUGAGAACAUGCGGUGGAUCGCUCCAGUUCCAGAAGCUUUGCCAACCAAAAAGAAAUGGGAUGAGGUGCCCAUCCUGAACCAGUACACCAAGGGUUACCUGGAGAAAGAAUGUGUGGACUGGCUCACCAAAUUCAUGGAGUAUGAAAAAGAAUCACUGAGAAAACAUUUGUUUGUGAAGAAAUCUGCAACUGACCUGAAGAAGCUGACCCUGACCUGCCUGGCCACGGGCUUCUACCCCAAAGACAUGGUGGUGAAUCUGAGGAAGUCCAGAACUUCACUGCCUGAACACCUACUAACAUCUUCAGCAGUCAGACCCAAUGAUGAUGGAACCUACCAGCUGAGGAAGAGUGUGGAGAUCCAGGAGGACGAAACAGCAGAUUAUGACUGUUAUGUGACUCACAGAACCUUUGAAGAGCCAAUAACUAAGAAAUUGGGGAGCCCUAGGAACUGA